GACGGUGAACGCAUCAGGAGGCAAUAGAGGUAAGAGGUUGGCCGUCACAUAGCGAUCCAGCUAACUUCACAGCUUAACUAUGCCUGGAAAAUGUAAAUUCCAAAACUCCUGGCUCUCAAAGGGAAUUUACAAGGACUGGCUGGCUAAGGACGUCCAGGACAUUCACUUCGCCCGAUGUAGGGCCUGUGGUAAAUCAAUCAAACUUAGGACCAUGGGCGAGGCUGCUCUCACCAGCCACGCAGGGGGAGCUGGCCACAAAGCAGCGGUCCGCAAGCUACUGGAAGCAGGAAAUUUGAUGAUGAUAAAUUCCGCCGGGCUGAUGAAUGGAAAUGUGAAUCAGACUGAGGAAACCAAGGAGCAAGUGGCCAUCUGCCUCCAGCGUGAAGCCUUGGACAGAAUAACAGGCAGCGACUGGUCAGAUCUGCACCACAGCCCCACUACAAACUCCACCUCCCACAAUGCAGAGCUGCAGGAUGUGACAUUUCCUGCUGCCUUCUUCACAGCACCAGGCACCUCCAGGCUCAUCAGCCAGCGUCUCCACCCGCCAGGCAGCCAGGCGGAGGAAGCGACCCGGCUCUCGACCCAGCAGGACUCCGCCGACCUGUCGAGACUGGAGCACCAGCAGAGGACAGAAGCUCUGGAGCAACAGCAGCAGAUGAAGAUCCUGGAGUGGGAGAACAGGAUGAAGGUACUGGCGUGGGAGCAGGAGCUGGUGAGGGAGAAGAGGAGAGCAGCCCGGCAGAAGGAGAAGGCCUUCAGGAUGAAGAAGACUUACUAUAAAGCCAAGUUAAAGAAGAUGGGCGAGGACGUGCCGCCAUCUUCCCCCAGCAGCAGUGAAGAGGAGAAAACAUCUGAUCCGACAGGAUGAACUGUUUUAAUAGUUUUAUUCUUAUCAGUGCUUAUUUCAUUCUUGCCUUUAUUUGUCUAGAUGCUAUUGAACUGUUACUAUUUUUAUACAUUGAUUUGUACUUUAAUGCAGACGAAGGAUUCUCAGUUGCUUUAAAACAGCUGUUCUUCCACAAAGUGAGUUGAGUACAACACUUAAUUUAAAGGUCAACACAAGUGAAAGCUGUGGUGCUAACAGACCUAUAAAAGUAGGUUGAGAUCAAAAUCACAAUCAUUCUGUUUUGUCUUAUGUGUCAAUUAAUCACAAUGUGGCUUCAGUAUUCAAAAUGAAAUGAUCUUCAUUGAUGUUUAAGGCAGUGCUGUAGUCAAGACCACCUUUGUUGAGUCCAAGACCAGGAUGAGUCGAGGUUUGAGUCCAAGUCAAGACAGAAAAGAAAGAAUGCUUUUGCCAUUGCCAGUUAGAUGAGUUUUGGCAGCCAGGCAUAUGAUUGCAAUGGACAUUGAUUGGCAACCAUGGUUACCAGGCAGCCAACGUUAAAGCCUGUUUAAGAUGGAUUUUGAAUUAAACCAAUUUUCUCAGAUCAAGUGCGCUUCAUCAAUGGUUUUGUUUUGAAGGAGGAAAAAAAACACAAGUGAGACAAGUCCGAGGGCAAAUACCAACGAGCCCCAGACAAGUCCGAGACAAUAGAAAAAAUGUCUUGAGUCCACACUUAAGUACUGCAGCGUACAGCAAAAUAAGAACAUUAUUUUAAAGAAUAUACUGAGAUUAUAUCUGAUCACUACAGAUGUAGAAAUGAAAUGACAUUCCUAAAUGGACAAUCUUUUAACAUGAUUGUACGUGCAAAGCUUCUUUUGUGCUGCAUGUUAACAUGAGUAUGUAUGCUUAAACACUUUUCAUUUGCUUUGUAAAUAAAUUUACAUUUGCUACAAA